AUGAGCGUGGGCUGCCCGGAGCCCGAGCCACCCCGCUCCCUGCCCUGCUGUGGGCCGGGGACCGCCCCUGGGCUGGGGGCAGGCGUGCCGCUCCUCACUGAAGAUAUGCAGGCACUGACCCUCCGCACGCUGGCCGCUAGCGAUGUCACCAAGCACUACGAACUCGUCCGGGAGCUGGGCAAGGGCACCUAUGGGAAGGUCGACCUGGUGGCCUACAAGGGCACGGGCACGAAAAUGGCGCUGAAGUUUGUGAACAAGAACAAGACCAAGCUGAAGAACUUCCUGCGGGAGGUGAGCAUCACCAGCAGCCUCUCCUCCAGCCCCUUCAUCAUCAAGGUCUUUGACGUGGUUUUUGAGACCGAGGACUGCUACGUCUUCGCCCAAGAGUACGCACCUGCCGGGGACCUGUUCGACAUCAUUCCUCCUCAGGUUCCCGGUCCUGGAGUAUGCCGCUGUGGGCCUGAGAAUGGGGGUCCGUGGAAACAGGAGGGGGGGAAUCUGGCAGGGAGGCACCUGCGGGCUGGUUCCAGCCCCCAGGCAGCAAAACAGGCCCCCCAGCUCACCCAGUGUUCCCCCAUGACCCCUGCCAUCUCUGGAGGCCUGGGACCCCGCAAUAACCUCUACAGGGUUUACAAACUGCGGUUGCCCCAGGGCCUGGCCCCGCUCUCCUCGGUGCGCCCGCCCUCCUCGAGACCCAUCUCUCCAGUGGGCACUGGGGCCCUCCACACGCCAGGCCUGGAGCAGGUCCGGGCCAGGGCUUGA